AUGAUAAAAUCUGAAGUUUUGAGUGGAUCUGCAUCCAAAACUGUGGGAAACUCUAUAUCUAAUGGUACAACAGUACUGACUCAGAAUCAGGGUGGAAAACAGAAUCUAAUCCGUCAGCAGCAGCAGCAGCAGCAACAACAACAACAACAACAACAACAGCAGCAGCAGCAGCAACUCAAACACAGAACUGCUCUUCAAAAUUACCAUUUUGCCUCAACUUCGGAAGAGAUCUUAAAAAAAUACUCCAAAUAUCCAGCAUCCAUGAGUUUACAUAUUUUUGAAACGCAUUACAGAUUUAACAAUUCUCAAGAUUCCCAAGUAAUUCCCAAGGAUUCGCCCAUGAUUAAAGAUUUUAUGAAGCAUGUUUUGAAAGAGCAAAUUCCCGUUGAAAUGUGUGAAUUAAUCAAAGAUUUUGCUAUUAGACCGUAUGAUGGAUGCAUAAUAUUACAAGUUUAUGAUCACAGAAAUAUGGUUAAAACAGCUGUUUUACAGAACAGAUCAACAUCGUCUCCAUCCAAAGAUCAAGACAAAAAGCAACAAAUGGUUGUUUCAAAGCCCCGGACAUAUAGAACUUUGUUGAGACCAACUUCCCUUUCUAUUUAUUACGAUUUACUUUAUCAUACAGACUCGGCACUCCAUCGAUUCACUGAUUAUUUAUCUUUACAAAUGGAGUCUGAGAUUUUGACAGCAACAAAUAGAGAGUUAAAUUUAUCAGUUCCUUUGAAUCCUUAUAAUUACGAUCACCUUAGACCUGAACCUGAACCUUCUGGCGAUAUGUCUCAAAACAGUGACGAAGAGAUUGACCAAGUUAAAUUUCAACACAGAGAUGCAGUUGAACAACCUCGUCGUAAAAUUCAUCAAGACGAAAUGGUGUUGCACAAAUCUUCGGAAUACGAAGAACUUAUGUUGCUAUUAUCUAACAAACAUAAACGUCCAGAUGAUUGUCUGGAUAAACGACUCGUGGUUGUAAGUACUUCGGCAUUGCCAGGUUCUUCGCUAACUGGAACCUCUAAUACAUCAACAGGAACAGCGGCUGCAACACCUACACCUACAAGUACAACUGCAUCAGCUGCUUCUCAGUCUUCAAAACAAACUACUGCUGACGGGGCAUCGACAACGGAUACCAAAGGCAAGAAAGGAGACAAAGCAAAUGGCACCAGUGCAAAUCAAGCACUGGCAUCGCCCACUUCUGUUCACCCUCCUAUUCCGACCAUACCACAAAAUCUGGUUAGAGCUACUGGACAGUUCAUGAGGUUGAGAUUAAUAGAGGAAAUAAGAAAGAAAAGAGAACUUGAGAAGUUGCAACAAGAAGCAAAGAUUCAGGCCCAGGCAAAUGCCAUUCAAAGUGAUCUGGUACCACCCAGUCAACAAUUGGCUCCUCAGAAUACCAUAAACUCGCCUGUUGUCACUGAACCGACAAAGCGUUCAUCUCCAGCUGCUCAGAAUCAACCUGCGCCCAAAAGAGCGAAGAAAGAGACAAAAAAACAAUUACAAGCCAAAGCACAAGCUCAAGCAAAAGCCCAGGCACAAGCAAAAGCAAAAGUACAAACCGAAACUCCAGGCCCGACUCCUGUCCAGGGACAAAAUUCAUUGUCGGGUCCACUGGUGGUUAAUGGGUCUAAUGUUACAAGUACAGCAAAUACACCCACGAUGAAUAAUCAAAGUAGUCUUCAACAACCUUCCCAAGCACUGCAACCGCAAAUUGGAAGUUUGAAUAACAAUCAACAGUCACAAUCACAGCAACAACAACAGAAAAAUCCCCAACAGACUCUUCAGCAACAGCAGCAACAACAGAUAUUCCAGAAUUCAUUGACACCUGAAGAACAAAAAGUGUAUAAGCAAAUCCAACAGAAUAUGGCUACACUUGCAAUGAUGGGCCAAUCUGGAGUUACCCCUACGGGCCAACAAUUGACACCACAACAAAAACAACAAGCAAUUCAACAAGCGAAGAACUUACAACAGCAAUUAUUUCAACGAUUCCCGCUUUAUUUUCAACGAAUGAAACAGUUGCAGCUAAUUCACCAAAAGAGAAGAUUACAGCAGCAGCAGCAACAACAGCAACAACAACAACAACAGCAAGCCUCUAAUUCCUCCGGUGGUAAUCAAAAUAAUUCAUCGAAUCAAGCCGCCCCCCAAACUCAACAAUUUAAUCAAGCAUUGCCAUCUACGUCAGAGCAGUCCAAACCUGUUACGACAUCGCCAGAAGUUAAAAAGAAAAGAACCUAUCAGAAGAAGAAAAAUGCGCCUGCUAAUUGA